UCUGUAGCAGAUGGGUACAAGAUGUUAGCAGAGACGCACACGCAACCAAAUGAAUGGAUACAGACUUAAUUCUAUACCAGUUCCAGAGAAGAUGGUGGCCACUGUGCUCACCUUGCUCACCCCAAGUAAACAUGUUCAACCUGAUGAGCAACUGCUGCACCUGGGUUUCCAAAAUUCAGGAGCCAAUCAGGAAAGUGACCAUUCUUGUGGUUGGUCUUGACAAAGCAGGAAAAACGUCCUCCAUCAAGGGGAUGUUAAGAGUCCCCCACGGUGUGGAAGCAGGUCCCACCCAUGGCUGCAUCAGAAAUGAGCUGAGAGUGGAGAACUACCUGGUCACGCUGCUGGAUGUCGGAGGAUCAGUGGAGUCACGGGGAGCCUGGAGGGACCUCUGCGGAGAGGCCCAUGGGAUCAUCUUUGUGGUGGACUCCAGCGACAGGCAGAGGAUAAAGGAGGUGAAGGAAGUUCUGACUGACCUGCUGAAGCAACCAAGGGUGGCUGGAAAACCCAUUCUGGUGUUGGCUAACAAACAGGAUAAGAUGAACGCUUUGCUGGGAGGUGAACUGAUUGAGAUUCUGUCUCUAGAGAAGCUGGUCAACCAGAGCCGCUCUCUGUGCCAUAUUGAGCCUUGUUCAGCCUUAAUGGACCUAAGACGCUGGUCAGACAGAAAGACUCUGCGAGGUCUUCGCUGGUUGCUGCGCGCUGUCUGUCUGGAUUAUCCAGAGCUCUGUACUCGGGUAGCCCAAGACAGCAAGAGGCCUCUGGAGCCGAGAGAGAAAGAGAAAAAUGGAAAGACUGAGAAAGUACGCAGAAAAACUAAGAUUGAACGAAUGCGAUCCAGCAAGUCAGACCUACGUCAGGUUCAUCGGCGGAAAGACAAGGAAAAGAAGACCAAGGGAGAAGGGAAGCUGCAACCCAUUCGAAACAUGCUGCAAAAGGAGACCACAUUGAAGAAGAAGCUGAGGUCUAACAAGAAGAAGAAGGCAGUUAAGGUCAACAAAGGUGGGAAAGAUGAGGAAGGAGCCAACGAUGAGGAGGAGGAGGAGGAGGAAGGGGAGGGUGACGGAAACGAAGGAGAGCAAGAAAAUUCUGGUCACAGAGACAGAGCCAACAGUGCCCUGAUCCCUCAGAGAAAAGGCAAACUGAAACGCAAAACCAAGGUGAAAGAGGAGACUCUGGAAGCGCCAGAAUCGCCCGACAAUGACGAGAAGCCGCUGAAAGGUAAAGGGGAAAGGCAGAAGAAGAAGAAAAUGGUGAAAGUCAAAAGAAAAAACAAAAUCAACACAGAGGGGGUACCUCAAGCUGUUUCUCAGCCCGUGGACCUUUCUGCAACCUUUGAUCUUUACCGAAAAGCAAUACUCGCCCUGAAGGAACGUCAGGAUCAGGGACAGUGAGAGUGAGUCCUGGUUGUGUCCUGCCACCUGAGUGUGAGGAUGUGGUCCACAGCAGUAGCAUACCACACAGCUACACAACUUCACACAUGACUAUAUCUAUAUCACUUCCUUCACAGUAGACAUGUUAGCUGGUCCCUGAACCUUUGGAGCAAAACUACAGAUUCCAAUGUGUAGUGAAGGGCAGGUCUGUAUAAUAAAAACUACUAGUAAUCGCUUAAAAAAUCUAAUUGAAGAUGAACUUGUGUACGAGACCAAAAAAGGGGGAUUGUGUUUGUAUUAAUUUGUGCAGUUCUAAAUGUAAGGGAAACAUGAUUUUUGAAGUGUAUCCUUUUUUGUAUGAUUUUUUGAAAAUUUUCUAGCGAUGAGUAGUGUGCUGGGAAUAGUAUGUUUCUGAAAUAAUAAAAAUAUAUAAUUAA